AUGCUCAAGCGAUGCCAGCCGGCGGCCUGGACGUGGCCUCCGCUGGACCGGAGAACGCUGAGAAUGCAGCGCGACGGCUUUGUCCUCUCUGUCGGCAGGAUAACCUUUCUAUUGCUUGCAACCAUCAUCUCCAGCUCCCAGACGACCAGAUACGCGUCCAGGAUCGUCGAGACCAGGAGUGGACAAACUCGAGGAAUACUUCAAGAACUCAGCAGUCAAUAUCUGGAUCCCGUAGAGAUUUUUCGGGGGAUUCCGUACGCUGCGCCGCCUGUGGAAAAUUUGCGUAUGAAACCACCUUUACCGCCGCUACCUUGGGCGGGAAUAAAACUUGCAGACUCUUUCGGGUCCGUGUGUCCCCAAAAGUUUCCGGACAUCAGCAAUAUGACAUUGUCCCUUACUUACAUGCCAAAAAGCAGAUACACUCAACUCCAGAGAUUUAUCACUUUUCUGACCAAUCAGAGCGAAGACUGCCUUUUCUUGAACCUGUACAUUCCUGGAAGCGGAUCACGAGGAGUGGAUGCGCCUUACGCAGUCGUGGUAUACGUUCACGGUGAAAGCUUUGAAUGGGGAUCCGGCAAUUUUUACGACGGGUCCGUUCUUGCCAGUGCAGGUCACGUUAUUGUAAUCACCCUCAAUUAUCGCCUUGGAUUACUAGGUUUUCUGAGAACAGCCUCCUACCCCGAUGUGGUUUCAAGUUCCGGAGGUAAUUUGGCUCUAAGGGACAUAGCCAUGGGACUUCGUUGGGUUCGAGAUAACAUCGCCGCGUUCGGUGGUGACCCCACGAGAAUCACGGUAAUAGGUCACGACACAGGAGCUGCUCUGGCAAAUUACCUACUACUCGCACCCUUUGGGAAAGGCCUUUUUCAUCGGAUCAUCCUGCUCAGCGGAUCUGCUCUCAGUCCCUGGGCUUCAGUCCACGAUCCUCACGACUUGCACAUCAAGAUUUCCCAACAGCUGAAUUGCACGACUGUAAAUGAUGAUAUCGCUGAUUGCAUCCGCGAGGCCGAUCUUGCUACAUUGAUGAACUUGGAGCUUCCCGAAUUAAGAUUUGUGCCACCGAUCGGACCUAUAAUACCAAUAGAUCAAAGUAAUCCGGACCCUGCUUUAGACAUGGAACGUGCGAGCGAUGCUUUCAUCAAGGUCCCUCUGAUGUUGGGAGUCUCCACCGCUGAGUCCUACCUCGACUUUAAUGCCGAAGAUAUCCAGUUCGGAUUCGAGGAAGACCAGCGCAACCGAAUUCUGCGCACUUUCAUCAGGAACACCUACUACUAUCAUCUCAACGAGAUCUUUUCAUCCGUGAAAAACGAGUACACUGAUUGGGACAAACCAAUCUUGCACCCCAUCAAUAUUAGAGACUCGACUAUGGAGGCAUUGAGCGAUGGUCACACGGUCGCUCCACUAAUGAGGAUCGCCUUUUAUCACGCGAGGAGAGGGGCCAAUACUUACUUUUUCCAUUUUAAUUAUCAAACUAAGGACAGCGAUUAUCCGCAGCGAUUGGGAAGCGCUCGAGGCGAAGAUAUACCGUACGUUUUUGGAUUGCCUUUGGUAACCGGAGGUCGAUUUUUCCCUCACAAUUACACGAAGCAGGACCAAAGUGUUGGCGAAGCCAUGUUGACAUUUAUGACAAAUUUUGCAAAGACUGCCAAUCCUAACUUGCCUCACAAUAUUGAGUCCGUCGAUUAUGGCAAUGCAAGGGAGAAAACAAGAUUUCGAGGCCUUAUAUGGGAACAAUAUGAGACCAACAACCAACAAUAUCUCAUGAUAGCUCAAAAGCCAAAGAUGAAGAGCCAUUAUCGAGGGCAUAAAAUGGCACUCUGGUUGAAUCUAAUUCCUCAACUUCAUCAACCUGGUGACGAAGACGUGUCAAUGAGACAUCAUCAUUUCCGGGAAAAGGGUGACCAAUACUAUGCAGGUUCAGUCCGUGAUGAGUGGUACAUCCCACCUCCACUGCCGGACACUACAAAGACAGCAACGUCACCAACGACUUCCUGCUCCACCUCUAAUGAAGACCUCGCCACUGAUGAUGUAUCUGAUGUCCUUGACGACAAUGAAGAUGACGCUGAGCUACUUCAGCGACUAGACUCCCGCCACUACUACAGUACAACCACUGCACUUGCGAUUACCGUCGGCGUAGGCUGUAUCCUCCUCAUCCUCAACAUGAUGAUCUUUGCCGGAAUCUACUACCAACGUGACCGUGACAAAAAACGCGCUUCAAUGCAGUGCAGCCCAAACAAUCAAGAAUCCAUGCCAAUGAGUUCGAGAAGUGACGCAAAUCGAGUUGAGUCAAAAACAGGCCACGAUCUGCCUCCUCUCUAUACGACCCUCACACGGAGCUCGUCUUCGGGACUACCGAACGAUCAACGUUCCCCCUCUGAUCUGGAACGACCCGGAUCAAAACAGGGUCAAAAAGACACGGUCCCUCCCAAACCUCCAACCAGGACUACAAGCUCCCUCAGUUCGAAUAGCGGCACUAUCAAGAAACGCGUUCAAAUUCAGGAAAUAUCUGUAUAGCAUUAGGGGUUGCCCCCAGAGGGCAGCACCGCUCGACCAAAACACGUCACGUUCGUAGACGAGGAAGCAGUUAUUGAGUCUCGAUUUUGAGGGAUGGGUCUCAUUCUACUUUAAAUUGGGCCACGAAUAAAUUAUGUGAUACCCAUACAAUCUCGAACUACGAAAAAAGUGAACGUUUCCGCAGUGAGUGUGCAAUGUCUUCUGGUGGCAACAAUGUGAAAUAGACUUCAUGUACAUUAUUUUUAGUGUCAAGAUUGAACAAUUAAUAGGACCAGGAAUCAAAUUUUCAAACAAGCAAAUUAUGAGGUGUAUGAAA